GCCCACAGACGCAUGGAGAAGGACAAGGUAUCAGAUGCGCUGGCCAACAAGGCAUCUGCCCUGGACGGACUCAAACAGGCCUGCCGGGACAAGCGCACAUGGUUAUUCGUUCUCAUGCAGUAUUUCCACUUGUCUGCCUGUUCCUUCAACAGUUUCUUCCCGACGGCCGUAUACGUGCCGUUAUAACCCGACAUGGUCCAUAGACGAAAGCCACGAAACCAAUGCAUGUCUACAGUCUGCUAACUAACUGGGUAAUAUGCAGCGUCGUGCGCACUCUCGGCUUCGGCACGACCGUCA